AUGGCGACUUCCCUCCUCGCGCCAAGGGCGACGGUUGCGGCGAGACACAGUGUCGGGCGCCAGCACGUGGGGCGAAAAUGCGCGCCGGCGCGCGCGGUGUCUCGCGUCGCGCUGCGACCGUGGGCGGCGCCGGUGCUGAGGCGCGAGGCCGUUCUCGCGCGUGCGCUUUCCAGGGAUGAUGAUGAGGACUCCUUCGACGAGGACGAUGACACGGACAUCCGCUGCGAGCUCGACAGGGUCCCGGGCGACGGCAACAAGUACACCAGGGUUAUGCUCAAGGUGAGCGGCGAGGCCCUCUCCGGCUCCAGCGGGUUCGGCAUCGACCCCGAGGUUGUCCAGACCAUCGCCAGGGAGGUUGCCGAGGCUAGCCUGGCUGGGGUGCAAGUCGCGGUGGUGGUUGGCGGCGGCAACUUCUUCCGGGGCGCGCAGCACGAGGGCAAGGGUUUGGACCGCGCUUCCGCCGACUACAUGGGCAUGCUCGCCACGGUCAUGAACGCCAUCAACCUGCAGGCUGCGGUGGAAUCCAACGGCGUGCCCACGCGGGUCAUGACGGCGUUUUCCAUCCAGGAGGUUGCCGAGCCGUACAUCCGCCGCCGAGCCAUCAGACACCUGGAGAAGGGCCGCGUCGUCAUCUUCGGCGCGGGAACCGGCAACCCCUUCUUCACCACGGACACCGGCGCCGCGCUGAGGGCCGCUGAGAUUGGCGCGCAGUGCGUGUUCAAGGCGACCAUGGUUGACGGCGUGUACGACUCAGACCCGCGGCGCAACCCGGAUGCGCAGCUGUACGAGAACCUCACCUACGAGACCGUGCAGCGGCUGGGUUUGGGCGUGAUGGAUCAGACGGCCAUCACGCUCUGCCAGGAGAACGACAUCCCGGUCGUGGUGUUUAACCUGAACACGCGGGGGAACAUCGUGCACGCGCUCAGGGGCGGAACCGUCGGAACCCGCGUGAGCUCCAAGAUGGACGCGCCACAGAAGAACGGCGCCAAGAACGGCGCCAAGCGUGGGGCUGAGCAGAAGGGGGAUGCGGCGAAGAAGUGAGCGCGAGAUUAUUGUUAAUCUAGGGAUUUGAAAUGCACAACCUUAGUUCACCGUUGCG